AUGUCCCGUCGGCCAGGAUCUAUUAAUUACGCUGAGCUAGAUCAAGGCAACUAUUCUGAUGAUUCUUUUGAGGAUGAUGAAAGAGAUCAGAAAUCGAAACGUAAAGAUGACGAUUUCACUUAUGGAGCACCCAAGAGAAAGAAGAAGACAAGUGGUGAUAAACCUUCAAACAGCAAUAAGAAAAGACAAGUAGAAGAAUCAAUAGAUAAAAUCAAGUCUCGGGUAGAUGAUACAGAUUUCAGCGAAGACGAACUUGUGGAUAUGACUCCUGACAUUCCUGCCGACUAUGUUCCUGAUGCCGUAUCAAAGAACUUUGGAAGAUCAGAUUUUUCUUAUUUGAAGUUGAAACCUGAUCAUUUCUCUCGGCCCAUUUGGAUAUCGCCAGCCGGGGGUAAAAUUAUAUUGGAAUCAUUUUCGCCACUAGCAGAACAAGCUCAGGAUUUCCUUGUUACUGUUGCAGAACCGGUAUCUAGGCCCUCACACAUUCAUGAAUACAAGAUAACUCCUUACUCCUUAUACGCUGCUGUUUCUGUAGGGUUAGAAACAGACGAUAUCAUCCUGGUUUUGAACAGGCUAUCUAAGGUACCAGUGGCUGAAUCGAUAGUCAAUUUCAUCAGAGGUGCCACCAUAUCAUUUGGAAAAGUGAAGUUGGUCUUAAAGCAUAAUCGAUACUUUGUCGAAAGUACGCAGGCUGACGUAUUACAAAUGCUUUUGAAGGAUCCAGUUAUUGGACCUUUGCGUAUACAAUCAUCUGAAAAUACAACCAAUAGCAAUGGAUUAGUACAAUCUUCUGCUCCUUCACAAGGAGACUUAGUGAUAGCAGGUACGAAGAAAGCAGACAAUAAGAAUGGUACCGAUGAGAAAGUAGAAGAUAUAUUCUCGUCUGUUAUUCAAUCCAGAAGCGGUGAAGAAGAAGAUGAAGAUUUUGAUACUGUUCAUUCUUUUGAAAUUGCUAAUGAGUCCGUUGAGAUUGUUAAAAAGAGAUGCUCAGAAAUAGAUUAUCCAGUGCUAGAAGAAUACGAUUUCCGUAACGAUGAACGGAAUGCUGAUCUCGAUAUUGAUCUCAAACCUUCUACUCAAAUUAGACCCUAUCAAGAAAAAUCCUUAUCCAAGAUGUUUGGUAAUGGACGUGCUAGGUCCGGAAUUAUUGUCUUACCUUGUGGAGCUGGCAAAACUUUAGUUGGAAUAACGGCAGCGUGCACUAUUAAGAAAUCUGUGAUUGUAUUAUGUACUUCGUCGGUAUCUGUCAUGCAAUGGCGUCAACAGUUUUUGCAGUGGUGUACCAUUCAACCUGAAAAUGUAGCAGUUUUCACUUCUGAGAAUAAAGAAAUGUUCACGAGUGAUGCCGGAUUGGUGGUAUCAACUUACUCCAUGGUUGCUAACACUCGUAACAGAUCUCACGAUUCACAAAAAGUCAUGGAUUUUUUAACAUCUAGGGAAUGGGGUUUCAUCAUUUUGGACGAGGUUCAUGUGGUUCCCGCAGCUAUGUUCCGUAGAGUGGUCACUACUAUCGCUGCACAUGCUAAGCUUGGUCUCACUGCGACUUUGGUCCGUGAAGAUGACAAGAUUGAUGAUUUAAACUUUUUAAUUGGGCCAAAGUUGUAUGAAGCCAAUUGGAUGGACUUAGCUCAAAAGGGCCAUAUUGCUAACGUGCAGUGUGCAGAGGUAUGGUGCCCGAUGACUUCAGAAUUCUAUCAAGAGUAUUUAAGGGAAACUUCGAGAAAGAAGAUGCUUUUGUACAUCAUGAAUCCUACGAAGUUUCAGGCUUGUCAGUUUUUGAUACAUUAUCAUGAAAAAAGAGGCGACAAAAUCAUUGUUUUCAGCGAUAAUGUCUAUGCUUUACAAGAAUAUGCAUUGAAGUUGGGUAAACCUUUCAUUUAUGGAUCAACUCCUCAGCAGGAGAGAAUGAAAAUUUUACAGAAUUUUCAGCAUAAUGAUCAAAUCAAUACAAUUUUCUUAUCCAAGGUAGGUGAUACGUCAAUUGAUUUACCUGAAGCAACUUGUCUAAUUCAGAUAUCGUCACAUUACGGGUCAAGAAGACAAGAGGCACAGAGAUUAGGUAGAAUCUUGAGAGCAAAGAGACGUAAUGAUGAAGGUUUUAAUGCUUUUUUCUACUCCUUAGUUUCGAAAGAUACUCAAGAAAUGUACUACUCUACUAAAAGACAAGCGUUCUUGGUUGACCAGGGAUAUGCUUUCAAAGUAAUUACACACCUUAAUGGUAUGGAGCAAUUACCAGAUUUGGCGUACUCAUCACCAAGAGAGAGAAGGGAACUAUUACAGGAGGUGUUAUUGAAAAACGAAGAUGCUGCCGGUUUAGAGGUUGGUGAUGAUGCGGACACUAACUUCAUCUCACAAGAAAGAAGGAACAAGUUGGAGCAAUCCAAUGCUACCAGGAGUGCCGGUUCUUUAGCGGGUUUGGCAGGUGGUGAAGAUAUGGCGUAUAUCGAAUACAGCAAGAAUAAAAAUAAGGAAAUAAGGGAACACCAUCCUCUUAUUCAGAAGAUGUAUUAUCAUAAUAAGUCUGGAAAAAAAUAG